AUGUUUAGGUCACGGCGUUGUCUUCUAGUGUUCGCGUUGGCUGCGCUGGUCGCUGGCGCCCUGGUAGCGGUGCUGGUGCUGCAGCCGUGGGCCGGCCGCGACCAGAUACGCUACCGUCGCGCCGCUGUUGCUGCCAAUGGAUACGAGUGUGCGUCUAUUGGACGUGAAAUACUUGAAAGAAAUGGAUCAGCAGUGGACGCAGCCAUAGCGACUCUGUUUUGUGAAGGUAUAGGAUGCGCACAAUGUAUGGGACUCGGAGGCGGAUUCCUAGCUACGAUUUACGACGCCAGCACGGGCCGAGUACGAGUUCUCAACGCCAGGGAGCGAGCACCAGCAGCGACUCACGAGGACAUGUUCGCGAACGCGUCUUCAACCAUAGGCGGGUUGGCUAUGGCCGUGCCUGGCGAGCUCAGAGGGUAUGGCGCGCUGUACCGGGAAUUCGGACGCCUGCCGUGGGCAGAGCUGGUCCGUCCUACGGCAGACCUGUGCCGUCGAGGGCACCGCGUCAGCGAAUACAUGGGCCGCGUCUUGAAAACCUACAGCAGCAACAUUCAAGCAGAACCAUCAAUGAGCGAGCUUUACGUGAACCCAGAGACAGGCGAAGUGUGGAACGAGGGCGACAUGAUCCGCGAGCCCACGCUAGCGCGCACGCUCGACGUGAUCGCCGAGGAGGGCCCGGAGGCGAUUCACAACGGUUCCUUAACAACAGCGUUCGUGCGCGACAUACAGAACUUCGGAGGUAUCAUCACAGAGGACGAUCUCAGGAGUUACCAGCCAGAAUGGCAGGAGCCAAUCGCAGUGCAACUGUCAGACGAGCACACGCUUUACUCGGUACCUCUGCCCGGUUCGGGCUCCGUACUGGCGUUCAUGCUCAACCUGAUGCGGGACUGGAUCGGCACCGGCACGAACGUGACCAUGGACACCAACCUCUAUUGGCAUCGCGUCGUCGAAACUUUCAAGUACGCGUACGCAAAGCGCACAGGCCUCGGCGACCCUUCACGCUCUAAUUCUAAUUUACCAUACGAUAUUAAAGAGUUAGAACGGAAUCUAAGUGACGCCGCCUGGGCACGGUCAUAUCGAGCUCUGAUAGAUGAUACACGAACUUUCUCCGACUGGAGCCAUUAUGGAGCUCUGUUCGAAGGUGCCGAUGACCAUGGAACUGCUCAAGUGGUAGUCAUUGCACCUGACGGCAGCGCUGUAUCCGUCACCAGUACCAUUAAUUAUAUCUGGGGAGCGCAGCGUCGGUCCACAAGUCUCGGAAUAAUGUUAAAUAAUGAAAUGGAUGACUUUGCGAUACCAAAUCGAGAGUCUGCAUAUGGAAUGCCUCCUUCACCAGCAAAUAUGCUAGCUCCCGGACUACAGCCGUUAAGUUCAAUGGUUCCGACCGUGGUGCUAUCGAGAAACCGUACUGUGGACCUUGUCAUUGGUGCAGCCGGUGGUACUAAAAUUACUACGCAAGUUGCUUUGGUCACAAUGCACACAAUCCUGGAAGGAGGUGGCCUCCAUGAAGUCAUACAACGUCCACGGCUGCAUCAUCAACUUCUUCCAAUGGAAAUAGAGCAUGAAAGUGACUUUGAUCCGAGCAUAGUAUCAUCGUUACGAGCUAGAGGUCACGCGACUACAGAGCGCGGGCCCACGGCGGGCUUCGCCGCCAUGAAUGGUGCCAUGCGUGAAAGCGAUGGCUAUUUAGUCGCGAAAACCGAUAAAAGAAGAAUUGGCAGUGUAGACGGAUUU